GUUCUCCUAUAAGAGCCAGAAAAAGCUAGACAGACUUUGCUGCUCCAAAGUGCCAGGUCUAUGCUGAACCAAAGUGCUGCAAUGGCAGAAGAAGCAGAGGUAGUGAAGAACAAGCAGGUGGUGUUGAAAAACUAUGCAACUGGAUUCGUAAAAGACUCUGAUUUCAUCAUCAAAACAGACAGCACCAUGAGCUUGAAAGUCCCAGAAAGCUCCAGUAAAGGGGUAUUGGUUAAGAAUUUCUACUUGUCUUGUGAUCCUUACCUGAGCUUUCUCCUGCAAAAAUCAGAUUCUUCUCUUGAGGCGCAAUUCUCUCGUUUCUCCCUUGGCUCUACAAUAAAUGGAUUUGGGGUAGCUAAAGUAGUGGAUUCAAGGCAUCCAAAGUUCGAGAAGGGUGACUUGGUGUGGGGUAUAACUGGAUGGGAGGAGUACAGUCUCAUAGCAGAACCUGAUUCUCUUUUCAAGAUUGAGCAUACAGAUGUACCCCUUUCCCAUUACACUGGACUUCUAGGUAUGCCCGGUUUGACCGCUUAUGGUGGACUCUUUGAGGUUUGCAAUCCAAAGAAGGGAGAAAAAGUAUUUGUAUCUGCAGCAUCUGGUGCUGUUGGCCAGCUUGUUGGACAAUUUGCAAAAUUGACUGGCUGCCAUGUAGUAGGAAGUGCUGGAAGUAGAGAAAAGGUUGAUCUUCUGAAGAAUAAGUUGGGAUUUGAUGAUGCUUUCAAUUAUAAAGAGGAGCAGGGCUUGGAUGCGGCUUUGAAAAGGUACUUCCCUGAAGGAAUUGAUAUUUACUUUGAAAAUGUUGGGGGAAAGAUGUUGGAUGCUGUGCUUCUCAACAUGAGAAUGCAUGGACGAAUUGCUGUGUGUGGACUGAUCUCGCAAUACAACCUAGAGAAACCUGAAGGACUAUAUAAUGUGGCUUCUAUUCUUUUCAAGCGUCUUAGAGUGGAGGGAUUUGCUGUGUUUGAUUACCUUCACCUCUAUCCGAAGUUUUUGGACCUUGUACUCCCUCAAAUCCGAGCAAAAAAGAUCACCUACGUAGAAGACAUUGCAGAAGGCCUUGAAAAUGGUCCUGCUGCCCUUGUUGGUCUGUUUAGUGGUCGCAAUGUCGGGAAACAGGUUGUUUUGGUUGCUCGUGAAUGAUCUCAGGUUCCUUUGACCAUCCCUUUGUACAUAGAGUAUAUACCUCAGUCUACAGGCUAUUAGCAAUUUAAUUCCACUAGUUUGAGCUCUCAUGCGUUUGUGCACCUGGAGUUCUUUGUGAACUUUAUCAGGCCAGAUAAUACAGUGCCAAGUUGAAGUCAAGGAUGAGUAAAUCCUGAUUUCGAUUUGUUGCCAUCAGAAUCUACGCAGAUAUUUUCUGUUUCUCGUUUCAGAUGAAUAAAUAAGCUUACCUAUCAGAACA